UUCUACUCCUCAUCACACGUCCCACCCGCACCAACCCCACACAGGCACACUCUUUCUCCCUCUCUCCACGCUAGCGAGACCACGCGCCGCACCGCACCGCACCGCCGCAAGCCCGCCGCCCGCGAGGGUGCGAGCUAGUAGCUCUGUGGCCUAGCUGCAGGCGCGGACUGAGAUGGACCCGCGCUUCGCGCUGCCGGCCGCGCCGGCGCCGUCCACGGGCGGCGGCGGCGGGGGUUUCGCGCGGGGGCACCACCGGCGGGCGCACUCGGAGACGUUCCUCCGCUUCGCCGACGCGGACCUGCUCCUGGACCCGGACGGCGACUUCUCCUUCUCCGACCUCGACUUCCCCUCCCUCUCCGACGACUCCCCGGCCGCCUCCGACCCCACCCCACCGCCCCCGCCGCUUCCGCAGCAGCAGCAGCAGCAGCAGGCGGCCCCGGCCCCGGCCCCAGCGCCUCGCCCGCCCGGCGGCGGGGCCCACACGAGGAGCCUCUCCCUCGACGCCGCCUUCUUCGAGGGCCUCUCGUUCCAGGGACCCAGCGCGAGCGGGAGCGGGAGCGCCGGGGGUGGGCCCGGGCACAAGAGGAGCGGCUCCAUGGAUGGGUCCACCUCGCCGUUCGAGGGCGAGUCGGCGCUCUCCAGCGGCCUGCCGGACUACGCCAAGAAGGCCAUGCCCGCCGAGAGGAUCGCCGAGCUCGCGCUCAUCGACCCCAAGCGCGCAAAGAGGAUUCUGGCGAACAGGCAGUCCGCAGCUAGGUCAAAGGAGAGGAAGAUCAAGUACACUAGUGAACUGGAGAGGAAGGUCCAGACUCUGCAGACGGAGGCCACGACGCUGUCAGCACAGCUCACCCUGCUCCAGAGGGAUACAACUGGUCUGACUACUGAAAAUAGAGAGCUCAAGCUUCGGUUGCAAUCCAUGGAAGAGCAAGCUAAACUGCGAGACGCUUUGAAUGAAGCCCUGCGAGAAGAAGUCCAGCGACUUAAGAUAGCUGCAGGGCAAGUUGGGAACAUGAAUGGGAACCCCUUCAAUGGUGGACUCCAGCAGCAGAUUCCAUCCUAUUUUGUGCAGCAGCAGCAGCAGCAGCAGCAGCAGCAGCAGAUGUCGUACUUUGGUGGCCACCAGGCUCAGCAUCACAAUCAAAACCAUCGUCACCAGAGUCCAUCAAAUGGGGGGCAGUCGCUUAGUGGUCAGUCCCUAAACGACUCCAUGGAUUUCAUUUGAGGACAAUAUCAGGGCGAAUAUUACAUCAUAUACCAACUGCAGUUCAGCACUGUAAAGAUAGCUAAUGUACAAUGUAUGCAUAUGCCUCAUUGGUAGUGUAGUUAGCUCUUCUUUGUAUCAUCAUCAUCAUCAUUAAUCUGAAAGUGGCUCCUGUAUGUCAAAAUGCUGUUUGUUUUCUUCUUUGCUGGUUUCUGGAGUAAUGUGUUAGAUUGAACUAACUACCUUUAACAAUUUAUGUAAAUGUUAAGCUUUUUUCUUUAAAUGGU